GGCGGACGCGCUGCGUCCCGGGUCGGGGCUGCAGCCCCGCCCCGGUCCCGUCCGGUCCUGUCCCGCAGCGUCCCGCAGCGUCCCGCAGCGUCCCGUCCGCUGGCUCCUCGCGCCCUCCCGGCGCUCGAGGAGCUCUCCAGUGCUUCCAGCGCAGCCAUGGCUCAGCACUUCUCCCUGGCCGCCUGCGACGUGGUCGGCUUCGACCUGGACCACACUCUGUGUCGCUACAACCUGCCCGAGAGCGCCGUGCUCAUUUAUAAUAGCUUUGCUCAGUUCCUGGUCAAGGAGAAAGGGUAUGACAAGGAAUUGCUAACUGUGACUCCAGAGGAUUGGGAUUUCUGUUGCAAGGGCUUGGCAUUGGAUCUAGAAGAUGGGAACUUCAUUAAACUUGCAGAUAAUGGCACUGUGCUCAGGGCAAGCCACGGCACAAACAUGAUGGCUCCUGAGGCACUGGUGGAGGAGUAUGGCAGGAAGGAGUGGAAGCACUUCAUGUCUGACGCGGGAAUGGCUUGCCGAUCAGGAAAAUAUUAUUUUUAUGAUAACUACUUUGACCUGCCAGGAGCGCUUCUAUGUGCCAGAGUGGUGGACUCUCUGACAAAGCAGAACAAUGGUCAAAAAACAUUUGAUUUUUGGAAGGAUAUAGUUGCUGGUAUACAACACAAUUAUAAAAUGUCAGCUUUUAAGGAAAUCACUGCUUUGGGGAGAUUGUCUCACUUGUCUGUGCCUGGUCACCGGCCCUCAACCCUGGCUGAAAACUGUGGAAUAUAUUUUCCAGAAAUAAAGAGAGAUCCGGGCAGAUAUUUACACACUUGUCCUGACUCUGUAAAAAAGUGGCUCCAGCAGCUCAAGAAUGCCGGGAAAAUUCUCUUGUUAAUUACGAGUUCGCACAGUGAUUACUGUCGACUUCUCUGUGAAUAUAUUCUUGGGAAUGAUUUUACAGAUCUUUUUGACAUUGUGAUUACAAAUGCGUUGAAGCCUGGUUUCUUCUCCCAUUUACCAACUCAGAGACCUUUCUGGACACUUGAAAAUGAUGAGGAGCAGGAAGCACUGCCAUCUCUUGAUAAACCUGGCUGGUACUCUCAAGGGAAUGCUGUCCACCUUUAUGAACUUCUGAAGAAAAUGACUGGCAAAAAUGAACCCAAGGUCGUUUACUUUGGUGACAGCAUGCAUUCAGACAUUUUCCCAGCCCGUCAUUAUAGUAAUUGGGAGACAGUUCUCAUCCUGGAAGAGCUCAGAGGGGACAGAGACAGGAAGCCUGAAGAAUCAGAGCCUCUAGAGAAGAAAGGAAAAUAUGAGGGAUCAAAGGCAAAGCCUCUAAAUACAUUAUCUAAAAAGUGGGGCUCUUUUUUUAUUGAUUCAGUUUCGGGACUGGAAAAUACAGAAGACUCAUUGGUUUAUACAUGGUCUUGUAAGAGAAUCAGUACUUACAGCACUAUUGCAAUUCCAAGUAUUGAGGCAAUAGCAGAAUUACCCCUGGACUACAAAUUUUCAAGGUUUUCUUCAAGCAAUUCAAAAACAGCUGGCUACUAUCCAAACCCUCCAUUGAUCUUAUCAAAUAAUGAGACACUGGCAACCAAAUAAACUGUCUUUACUGAAAAAUGAAGUGAAGAACUAUAUAUGCAGCAAGUCUACUGUAAAAAUGUUACCUUUCAAAAAAUACUAUAAAAUGCUUUAUAGGAACAAAUUCUUAAUGAUAACUGACCAAGAAAUUGAUGUUUUUUCCAUAGGUCUCCUUUCUGUAUAGACCAUCUUUAUGCCCAACAACUCUCAUUACAUUAAAAUCUCAGUAUCUUAGAACUGAAAAGAACCUUAAUAUUUUCUAUACCAAUAGUUCUGAGAUUAGGAUUCAUCUGGGGAUUAGGAAUCACCUGUGUAAUAUCUACAUGUAUUCAUACACACACACACACAAUUUACACAUAUGCCUAGACCAGUGGUUCUUAAAGUGUAGUCCCCAAACCACUUGCACAGCAUCACCUGAGAAUCUGAUAGAAAUACAAAUUUGCAGGCCCCAUGCAAGGCCUGCAGAAUCAGAAAUGUCGGGGAUGCAACCCAGCACCCUGUGUUUUAAUAUUAGUGGAUUCAUAUACUAAAGUUCAAGAAUCACUAGCUAGACCAUAACCUCCAGAGAUUGGUUUAAUUGGUCUGGAAAUAUAGAUGAGCACUGACAUCUUUUACCUGCCCCAGGAAAAGUGCAGCCAGAAUUGAGAAUAAUUGAUCUCUAUCUGUUCCUUCCACUUAAAACCAAAAAUACUGAGUCUAGUGAGAAUAGGCUAUCCAAGCUAUCAGGUUUUAUGCUAUUCUUAAGUUUUCCAAAACAAGGAGCUAAAGAGGAUUUCUUGUGAGACCACACAGCCAGUAUGGGACAGAAAUGAAAUGAGAAGCCAGCUAUUUCAACCUCUAAUGUUACUCAUAAGGGUUUUUCCCCCCCAAUAAUGUUAAAGGCUAUAUAAUUAAUUUUCAUUCACUUUAAGGUAUAUAUUCUCAAUGGGACAAAAAUUGGUUCUUGGGGUGAAAAAAAUACUAGAUAAUGCAAUGAAUUGUGCCCCUCCAAAGCUCAACCCUACCCAGUAAAUCUUACUCUUUAGCAUUAAUUUCUCUCAUUAGGGAAAAACAGAAUUUAAAGUUAAAUUUAUUAAUUAAAUUUAAUUUGGUUGAAUUUAAUUUUUCUCCGGGGUGGGUAGUAAUGAAAAAAAGAUUGGGAAAAAUGCUUUAAGAGGUUUCAUAGUUAUAUUACAAUCCAGGAUUAUUGUGUUCCAUGUGCUUCGUAUAGUCCUCGAAUAGUAGCUACGUGUGGCAAGAUGUCUGGAGCCAGAUGUUUACAAUAAAUUCCUGGCUACUCUUUAUGUUAUAAUUUCGCUCUGUCCAUCAUGGACAGUGUCAGAAAACACAAUGGUCACUAUCAUUAUUUUACCUGGAUUGUAGCAGAGAACUUAACAUAUUGAUGCAUGCAGUGAAAAGAUAAAUAUUUCAUUAAAUUUUUAAAUGCUCAAAUAAUCCCAAAGGUAUUGUGGGAAUGAGUAUCUCAGGGUGGGUAAACAGUUACUGAAAUUUUUUCCUCAGUGUCAGUAGCUCUGUUUGAUAUCUACUAAUAAGUAUAUGGUAAUGUAUUUAAAACUGAUUUCCAAAAUCUUAUUGGAAUAUACUAACGAACACACAGUCAGCUUAGGGCUAAGUGGAAGAUGCUGUCUGACGUAUACAAAUAGAUAUUUAAUUUCUUUAAAAAUAAAGCUGUUUUCCCUUAUGUG